UCGUCAGUCUGGUAACUGUCACUCCAACCAACGGGGAACAUCGCGUGGAGCUGCAAAAGAGCCGAAAGCAUAAAGACUAUGGAGGCCUAGAGAGACAAAACGGACACGGAAUAUGAGAAUCACAAAAGAGACCCAGCGUUCACAAAAACUCUAGCCAUCAACACCAACAACGAUAUAAGUUUCUUGUCUCUCUCGUUUCCCUUGGAAAGUUCGUGCUAAAACAAGCCAAACAAGAACCCCAACUUCUCUCGUAGAUCCGCGCCUUUGCAAAAGGGCUUUGUCCUUUAAUGAAGGAGCUGAGUGUGCGAUACGUGAAGACUUCUGGGUCGUCCUUGUUUUGCUGUCUAAUGGGGUCUUUUUGGUGAAUCACCUCAUUUCUUGGGUGGUUUUGAUAGGCGGCUUGUUUGUAAAGCUAGGGCUUUUCUAUUCUUUAUUGGCUGGCGUGUGCAGGUGUGCUUGAGAUGCAAUCGGGUAGGUCCGGAUCCGCGAGGCCGAUAACCCACCUGGAUCAUUCUUUGUCAGCCUCUGAGUAUUUGACAUCCUCCGAUACGAGAGGAAAACAUCGGGUACAGGCUGGAAUUAAACGUCUCGAACAGGAAGCUAGAUUCUUAGAGGUGCACUUCCUCCUCUGUUUAUAUUUACGGCUGUUAGAAGGAUUUUAUGUCAUGCAGGAGGAGCUGGAACAGCUUGAGAAAAUGGAGAGCUCCUCAUCUUCAUCUUCAUGCAAGGAAAUGCUGAGCAACGUGGAACCAAGACCUGAUCCUUUACUUCCAAUGACAAAUGGCCCAAUAAAUCCAUUUUGGGAUCGAUGGUUUGAGGGCCCGCAAGAUUCAAAAGGUUGCAGAUGCAAAUGCUGGAUACUCUGAUGCUCAUUGCUAAACUCAAGAAUCAACUUACAUAAUGAGAUACUGGCAGAGGCUUCAACUUAUAGACUUAUCACAGUCUUGGAACAAAGUACUAUUGUGAUUCAUUUCACACAGCUGGAGGAUACCGGGUCCUUAGCAAAUGUUACUUGGAAUGCUUCACUGUGCAUACUGGGACUUUGUAGCAAACAAUUCCUUGUCAAAUAAUGCAUGAAAUGCUUAUUGGUACA